UUACAAUUUUUUUACACAAAAUAGGAUGUACAGCUAUCCAGCACGUGUGCCGCCACCGCCUCCUAUUGCUCGGGCUGUGGUGCCCUCUAAACGUCAGCGUGUAUCAGGAAACACCUCACGCAGGGGCAAAAGUGGCUUCAAUUCUAAGAGUGGACAGCGAGGAUCUUCUUCCAAGUCUGGAAAGUUGAAAGGCGAUGAUCUUCAAGCCAUUAAGAAGGAACUGACCCAGAUUAAACAAAAAGUGGAUUCUUUGCUGGACAGCCUGGAAAAAAUUGAAAAGGAGCAGAGCAAACAAGCAG